CACCACCACAUGCACGGACGUGUGUCUUGCUUACUGACUGACAGAUGAUGCCGAACUUCCACAGUAGUUCCACACAAAAAAAUUGCCAGAAUCCUGUUUUGCACUGUCGUUUCACUUAAUUUCCUGUUCCCGUUUCUGUUAGCGUAAAGAUUUCAUUGGCAUCCGUGACUAUUGUCAUAUCAUGGCGAAACCCAAAUUAGUCGUUUUUGACCUGGAUUACACCCUCUGGCCUCUCUGGGUGGAAGAAGUCGAGCCGCCUUUUCGUAAAAACGAAAGUGGCGGAGUAGUGGAUUCUGGAAGUUCCCCCCUCUCCCUCUUCAAGGACACUGUGAAUAUUCUGACCUCUCUCCAUGGUCAGGGUGUCAAGAUAGGAAUUGCUUCACGCACUGAAGAAAUAGACGGAGCCAACCAACUGCUCUCCCUGUACGACCUCAACCAGUACAUCUCCUUCAAGCAAAUAUACCCAGGUUCAAAAGUGACACAUUUUCAGAGGUUACAGGCAGACAGCGGCGUCAAGUACAGUGAGAUGAUGUUUUUUGACGACGAGUCCAGGAACAUCACCGACAUCAGUAGGCUAGGUGUGCACUGUGUCCUUGUUCGCAAUGGAGUGACCUCAAAACUAGUUGAUGAGGAGAUGCAGCAGUUCUCCAAGUCACACUCCUGAUGAUUGAGCCAUCACAAUCUAUGGAGUCAGACCACUGGAUGUCAGUGUGAAACCAGCGCACACGAAUUAGAUCAAAAGUCGUCAUCUGUGUCUUUAUAGUCAGAUGUGGAUAUUUUACACAAACAACUAUGCUCCAUGUUUUCUCCAAACCAUCUUGUUUACUCCUUCAGUACUCGAUGUUUUCUGCUUUGAGUUUAAGUUUCUCUGUGUCAUAGCUUGACAUGAUUGCAUUAUACUAGGCAUUGUUUAAUAGGAAGGGCUUCUGUCCACUGUCCCUAUUUGGCUUUUCUGCACUGUCCUCUUUUAGAACUAUGCCAUCCCCACAAUUGUGACGCACAUUUAACAAGCACUGUAUCCAACGUAUUGUUCGUCAUUUAACAUACCAUUAUAAGUAUUGACAGAGGAUUUGCAUAUAUGACAUCAUAUGGCAUCUUACCAAAGCACAGACUGGCAGUGCUCUGACUUGCUCAUGUGCUUUUAAGUUCAUUAGCUGUUACGUUUUUAAUUUGGAUGUGUCAUGUUGUUGAAUAAGGGUACCCAACUCUACACCUGGUGAUCUACCAUCCAACAGGCUUUGGUGGGAGCCAGCUGUUUACCUGACCUGGCUGGCUGUGCCAUGCGGACGCACCUGAAAGGCUUGAUUAACUCUCUGAGAAUAGGGCUAAGGCAUCCCUUUCCCUGCUGUGUAAGGAAUGAAUGAGGACUGCCAAACGCCCAACUGCCCAGCAUUCCCAAAUGCACUGUUAGAGUCAAGAGAGUGUGUUUUAUUGUCUUUAUCAUUUAGCGAUGGCUGUAGCACAACAAAGCUUUAAAGGCCUGUUUUAAGACAGUCUAUUUGGCAGGAUGUACGCUGGCACGUAGGUAACAGCACUUGCUGUUGUUUUGUCUUGUCUGAUAUUUAUUUUGAAAUCAGUUAUGAUUGUUGAUUGAGUUUUGAUUGCUUUAAUUAUGUCAGGGAUGUAUUCUGAUGGCUUUGCCAUUCGUAAAACUAAAUUUAAUCAAUAAAGCAAAUUGCGUCCUGAUGAGGAGUGUUGAUGUGUGCUUGGCAGGGUUGCAUGGUUCUUGUUUUGGGGAUUUUCAUACGGUGCCCUUCAGAGUUUGGGAAGCCCCGGGGUUUUGAUCCUUCACUGGGUUUCUCUCUAAUGUUUUCUCACUUCAUUCAAUAAACAGCAGUGAAGACCUGGUUCAUGUUGCGCUGGUUGUCAAUCACAGAAUUUUCUAAAACACAACACAGAUAGUCAAGUUACUGUUAGAUUUACUGCAUGUAAGUCAGACUUAUUCAUGUCUUAUUAGCCUUUGGCUUGGCAAAUGUUUAUUGUUGAAAGUUGACUUGUUUCCUUUUCCAUUUGUAACAUUUUAUUUCAAUGGUUUUAACUUUUCAGAUCCUGUAACCUGUAACUUGUCACCUAAUGUAAUAAAAAAAAAUAUAAGUUGUAAAAAUUGUAUACAUGCAAUACAGACACUUAGAUAUAAAGACUGAAUUUUUGCAUGUAAAAUAAACAAAAUAAAUGUC